AUGCCUGAUAUUGGACCAUUCGAUUUUGGAUCUGUUGAACCAGAUGAAUUGGAUAAGGAUACAGAGAGAUUGAGACACAUUCUUUUGGAGAGUGUCAAAGUUUUGGAGAAAGAUGGUGAUCGACUCAUCAAUCUGGUCGAGUCAAUCUUGUUGAAGGAUCAACCGAGCGAGAGAGAUCCAGUGUCAAUGGAGCAAUACAAACAAAAGAUAUCGUCACUCAGCAAUGCCGAUGCACUCUCAAUCUCUAGAAUAUUGAGUCAGUGUCUGAACCUCGCUAACGUCGCAGAACAACACCACCUCGUUCGCUCCGUACUCAAAGCCAACCUCGCCGGUGAAGAUCUCAUGUACUCUUGUGAACAUACCUUGAAAUCAUUAAUUGAUGAAGGUAUUUCACCAGAUACCAUUUACAAUGCAAUUUGUGAACAAUCUAUUGAAUUGGUAUUGACUGCACAUCCAACACAGAUGAUGAGAAGAACUCUUAUUGCAAAGAAUAAUGCAAUUGGAAAUGCAUUAUCAGAGUUGGAAAAACAAUUAACUGAUUAUGAAAGAUUCGAGUGGGAAGAAGAGUUGAAUAGAGAGGUGAAAGCUACUUGGUUGACAGAUGAAAUUAGACGUAAGAAACCAACUCCAGAGGAAGAAGCUCAAGGAGGUUGGAGUAUUUUGGAACAGAAUCUUUGGCAUACUCUACCAAGAUUCUUUAGGAUUUUGGAUCGUACCGUUGAAAAGUACACUGGUCGUUCGCUGCCUUUGGGAUUCACCAAUAUCCGUUUCGGAAGUUGGUGUGGUGGUGAUCGUGAUGGUAAUGACAAUGUCACUGCCGAUGUUACAAGACAGGUUUGCUAUUUCUCACGUUGGAUCGCUGCCACCUUGUUUUACCGUGAGAUUGACGCAUUGCUUUUCGAGCUGUCGAUGGUGAAGAAGACCGAUUCAAUGGCGGACGCUGCUCUCGCCGCCAACGAACGUCGACAAAGCAACAAACCAAAGUCAAUCUUGACUCUCUACAAGGAGUUCAGAGAGGGUAUUCCAGAGAAGGAAGCCUAUCGUAUUGUACUGGCCGAAGUUAGAGACAAGAUGUUGUUGACCAAGAAGAAAUACGAGGAUUUAAUCUCUGGUCAAACACCAUGUCCCGACGAUGUUUGCUAUGAAACAGCGGAGGAGGUGAUUGCUCCGUUGAAGAUGUGUUACGAUUCGUUGGUUGCAAUCGGUGGAAAGGCAAUUGCUGACGGUCGUCUUCUCGAUAUCAUUCGUCGGUUGAAUUGUUUCGGAUUGAAUCUUUCCAAGUUGGAUAUUAGACAAGAGUCGAGCAGACAUUCAGAGACAUUGGAUGCAAUUACCACCUAUCUAGGUAUUGGUUCUUACAACGCUUGGAGUGAGGAGCAAAGAGUAGAGUUCUUGUUGAAGGAACUCGAGUCGAAACGUCCAUUGAUUCCAGUGGACUUUCCUUGUAACCCAAGAGUUCAGGAAGUGAUCAACACUUUCCGUAUGGCCGCUGAACUUCCAAAGGAUUCACUAGGUGCAUACGUUAUUAGCAUGUGUCAGAAACCAUCGGAUAUCUUGGCAGUUGAACUUCUACAAAAGGUAGUUGGAAACAAACAUCCACAGAGAGUGGUUCCACUGUUUGAGAUGAUCGAUGAUUUGGUGAGAGCACCUACCACCAUGGAGAGUCUAUUUAAUAUUCCAUGGUAUAAGAAGAGAAUCAAUGGAAGUCAGGAGAUUAUGUUGGGAUAUAGUGAUUCCGCAAAGGAUGCCGGUCGUCUAUGUUCUGCCUGGUCACUAUAUAAGGCGCAAGAGAUAUUAACUAAAUUGAGCGAGAAGCACGGGGUAAAGUGUAAUCUGUUUCAUGGUAGAGGUGGAACCGUGGGACGUGGGGGUAGUCCGACUUAUCUCGCUAUCCAAUCGCAACCUGGUGGAUCAAUCAACGGAAGACUCAGAGUCACUGAACAAGGUGAAAUGAUUACUGCGCAUUACGGACAGCCCGGAAUGGCUCUGAGAACCAUCGAAGUGUAUACAACUGCCACUCUGAAACAAACAUUACUUCCACCACCCGCUCCACUCGACAAAUGGAGAGAGAUUAUGGAUUUUCUAGCGGAUGUCUCCAGCAAGAAAUACCGUUCCGUUGUCAGGGACGAUCCAAACUUUGUUCGCUACUUCCGCGCGUCGACUCCCGAGCGUGAAUUGACACAUCUCAACAUUGGAAGUCGUCCCGCCAAGAGAAAUGUUCUGAAUCCAACAAUCGAAUCGCUCCGUGCCAUCCCUUGGAUAUUCUCAUUCACCCAGACCCGUUUGAUUCUUCCCGCUUGGCUUGGUGUAUGCGAUGCUUUCAAAGAAGCGAUAAACAAAGGUUGGCAACAGGAUCUCGUCGAUAUGUACAAGAACUGGCCAUUCUUCUCGACCACCGUCGAUCUCAUUGAGAUGGUUCUCAUGAAGACCGACCCUCUCAUUGCACUGCGAUACAACGACUUGCUCGUUCCAUUCGAGCUGCAAUCCAAAGGAAAAGAACUGAUCGAUCUCCUCAACGAAACAGUAAACUCAGUACUCUCGCUCACCAGCCAUGAAACUCUACAACAGGAGAACAAACUACUCCAACAUUUCGUAUCGAUUCGUCGUGCCUACAUGGAUCCAAUCAACUACAUCCAAGCAGAGAUCCUCAGAAGACUGAGAUCGCAACAUGUCGAUGCGAUGGAUCCAAUUUUAAUUGAUAUUCUCAUUAUCACAAUCAAUGGAAUUGCAGCUGUUGUCAAUAGUGUACCUGCUUUCCAGUGGUAUUCUUUGGUAACCAAUCUUUUAUUACAUGUGUCUGAAGUUGUUAUUAAAUUUAAAACUUUACUUUUAUUACCAGACCUCUCUGAUAAUUUACUAUAG